AAAAAAAGAAGAGAAAAUUAUUGGAGGUGGAGAUGAGGUGAGUAGCUUCAUCUUGUUUAUUAUAUUGCAGCAAGGGAAUCAUGGCAUACAAAGGCCCAUUCCAGAUUUCUCAAUCUUAACAACCCUAUCAUCUCCCACCUUUACCUUUUUCUUUAUUACAACCUCAAUAUAUGCUAUAAGAAGAGGGAAGCUUCCAUAUUUGUUUUCGGAGAUUUCUUGUACUUUGGUCGGAGCAAUAAUGUUUCCUUUACAGCGAAACGAAGAUUUGGUGUUUCAGAUUCUCUCUACUCCUGAUAUCCCUUCCCAGCAAAACAAGAUCUCCCAAGAUCUGAUUUUUGAUAGUAAUAAUAACUACGGUUUUGCUCCUCUGGAUUUCGCCUCCGGCGCCCACCACCACGACUUCGCCGCAACCGCCGCCGCUGCGGCGGCGGUCACCGCCAGUUCUCCCAGAAAGCGGCGGCGGAGGGAGAAAACGUUAGCUGCUUGUACUGAUGAUGUUGCGGCGGCGGCGGCGGCUAAAUCCGAUGAGAAUCAUAAGCUGAAGAGAAUUAUGCAUCGGGAAAUCGAACGGCAGCGCCGCCAGGAAAUGGCUACUCUUUAUGCUUCUCUCCGGUCUCUCCUCCCUCUUGAAUAUGUAAAGGGAAAACGUUCGACAUCGGAUCACAUGCACGAAGCGUUGAAUUACAUUAAACAAAUGCAGAAAAAUGUUCAAGAAUUGGAGAGGAGGAGAGACGGGCUAAAGACGGCCGGGUCGUCCACUUCGAGUUCCCAUAAUUUGGAGAAAACCGGAAGCCCAGAUCAGAAAACCGGUUCUCCCCCGAACUUCGUCUCCGUCAGCCGUUGCCGGGACGGCGUCGAGAUUCUGAUCAACAGUGUCGCCGGCGAGAGGGGCUGUUUCCCCCUGUCAAGAGUGCUGAGAGCGCUGCACAACGAAGGGGUUAACGUUGUCAGCUGCGAUUCCACCAAAGCAGAUACUAGGUUGCUUCAUAGGGUUCAGUCUGAGGUCUCAGGUGAAAAAUCCAUAGAUCUUCAGGCCUUGCAACAAAAGUUAACUGAGGUUAUCAAUAACUUUUAGCAUAUUCAUAGGUCGUUGUUCUUGUCCAUGUUGCUUGCUACUUUCUCUCAAUUUGCUACAUGUAUUAGUGUCAUAAUGUGGGUUUCUCUGGGAGAAUUUUCGCAAGUUGCACAGAUAAAAUAAAAAGAGGAAAAUGCUUGUUUUUUGUCCUAUA